AUGGCCUCGAUUAUAUCCAACCUCACGAACACGAAGAAGGUCAAUGACCUUUCGAAGAACACCGUCGAGGCUACUCCCAAGACGGGCAUGACCACCGAUCAUGGUGUUCCGGUGUCGAACGUAGACGAUUGGUUGAAGGUAUCGAACGGUCAAAACGCCGGCCCAUCUCUCCUCGAAGACCAGAUAGCUCGCGAGAGGAUCCACCGCUUCGACCACGAGCGCAUUCCUGAGCGCGUCGUGCACGCUCGCGGGACUGGCGCACACGGAUACUUCAGGGUGUUCGACGACCGCGCUGCGAAGUACACCCAUGCCAAAGUCCUGACGGACGCCAGUCGCACCACUCCCGUCUUUGUUCGUUUCAGUACGGUGCAGGGCUCACGCGGGAGUGCCGACACUGUCCGAGACGUGCGAGGGUUCGCGACCAAGUUCUAUACUGAUGAAGGCAACUGGGACCUUGUGGGCAACAACAUCCCUGUCUUUUUCAUACAGGAUGCCAUCAAGUUCCCUGACUUCGUGCACGCUGUGAAGCCCGAGCCGCAUAAUGAGGUACCGCAAGGCCAGACUGCGCACAACAACUUCUGGGACUUCGUCGGCCUCCAACCUGAAGCCACGCAUAUGGUAACUUGGGCUAUGAGUGACCGCGGCAUUCCUCGCUCGUACCGCAUGAUGCAGGGCUUCGGUGUCAACACCUUCACCUUGACAAAUGCUGCUGGAGAGCGCCACUUCGUCAAGUUCCACUGGAUUCCUGAGCUCGGUGUGCAUUCCUUCGUUUGGGAUGAGGCGCUUAAGGUCGCGGGUCAAGAUCCCGACUUCCAUCGCAAGGACCUCGCCGAAGCCAUCGAGAACGGCGCGCCGCCCAAGUGGACGUUCGCCAUCCAGGUCAUUCCCGAGGCGGACGAGCACAAGUUCGACUUUGAUAUCCUCGACGCGACGAAGGUCUGGCCGGAAGAAGAGGUUCCUUUGAUCGAGAUUGGCGAGAUGGUUCUGAACCGGAUGGUUGACGAGUUCUUCGCCGAGACUGAACAGGUCGCAUUCUGUACUGCUCAUGUCGUGCCUGGCAUCGGCUUCAGUGACGAUCCGUUACUCCAAGGUCGCAACUUCAGCUACUUCGACACGCAGAUCACGCGUCUCGGCGUGAACUGGGAGCAACUGCCUAUCAAUCGCCCAGUCUGCCCCGUCAUGAACUUCAACCGUGACGGUCAAAUGAACCACAACAUUAACAAGGGCCAAGUCAACUACUGGCCGAAUCGCUUUGGUGCCGGGCCACCCGUGCCUCCUGAUCACGGUGGAUACCUUGAGUUCGCGCAGAAGGUCGCGGGCCUGAAGCAGCGCGUGCGGGGCGAGAAGUUCAAGGAGCACUAUAACCAAGCCGAGCUCUUCGUCAACUCUCUCACGGACUACGAGAAGGCGCAUAUGAUCAGUGCAUUCGCGUUCGAGCUCGAUCAUUGCGACGACCCUCUUGUCUACGAGUCAUACACGAAGGUGCUCAGUCAGGUCAACCUCGACCUGGCGAAGACCGUCGCGGAGCAAGUCGGUGGACAUCUGCCCGAGGACACCUCAUCCCUGCGACCGACGCACGGCAAGAAGUCAGCACCACUCUCGCAGCUUUACUACAAGCCCAAGACGCCGACCAUUAAGUCCCGCCGCAUCGCCAUACUCAUCGCAGACGGCUUCAACCAGCUCGAGACCGACGCUCUGAAGGCGGCUCUGGGUGCCGGCGGCGCAGUGCCCUUCCUCAUCGCCCCGCGACGCGGCAAGAUCUACCCCGCAGGUCAGCAGAAGGGUGAUGCGGGCGUGAUGGCGGACCAUCACUUCGAGGGACAGCGCAGCACGAUGUUCGAUGCUUUGAUUAUACCGUCGGGUGCGGAGUCUGCGAAAGCACUCUUGUCGAGCGGUCGCUGCAUUCACUGGGUACGCGAGGCGUUCGGCCAUCUUAAGACUAUCGGCGCUAUCGGCGAAGGUAUCGAGGUUGUCGCGCGCGCAGUGAAACUAGAGGUACCGGAGAUCAGUCUCGCAAGUCUUCAGGAUAGCAGCGUCAGCGUCUCGUAUGGCGUGGUGACGACUGGCAAGUACAACGCUGGCUCUGCUGUCAGGGACGCGCUCGACAUCGUGACCGGUGCUGAGAAGGGCUUUGUGUCGAACUUCGCAUACGAGUUGAGCAACCACAAGUGCUACGCUCGUGAGUUGGAUGGGCUUGCUUCGAAGGUGGCGUUCUGA